AUGCCUUCUUUCUACAUGUCGGCGGCCCGUCGGAGGGCGGAGAGGCGGAGGAACGCCCUCCCGACCGACGACUUCCUCUGGGACGUGGUGCACCGUUUGAGACGUUCGGGGCAGCUGGCGCGAGCCAGCUCGCCAGGACGGUCGCCAGCACAGUCACGAGGAGGGUCGUCAGCUGGGUCGCCAGGACGGACGCCACAACGGUUGGAGCGACGGUCGCCGCCGGCUCAGUCUUCUGGGCGUUUGUCAGGACGUUCGCCCAUCCGGUCUCAAGGACGUUCGCCAGCACGCCAAUCAGUAGGGUCGCCCAGACGUUCGUUACGACGCUCGCCAGAACGGUCGCCAGCGCCAGCACUGUCACCACCACCACAACCACCACCGCCGCCGCCAUCGCCCUCACAUGCGCACUCGCAAGAGCGGUCGACCGAGCACCGAGCGCACAAAUCCCUGAUGGACAGACUGUGGGACCGGGCCGACGCCCUGCGUGAGAUCGAGGAGGAGCGAAAAGAGCGCAAGACCGAUGCCCACGCCGCCAUCGAGCGGUCGAGACGGAGGAUCGUCGAAGGUCCCACGGACGAGGAGAGGUGGGCCGCCAUGGAGACAUAUCUGGCCAGGUACACCGUGGAAGAGGAGGAGAGGACCGGACAUAAGUGCAGUCCGUCCUGCGAGGAACAUCCCUUUGGUGGCUGGGACUUUGGGAUUCCCGGCUCGGAUGGCGAGAGGGAAGUCAAUCCUCUGGAUUUGCUGGAUUGA